AUGCGCUCGAUUCUAAUUAAAGGAAUGCAACCAAAUGGAGAUAGUGGUCAACAACUGCCAAAAGGAGGGAUUAUGAUGGAGCCGAGCUGGGACUGCGAGUUGGAGACAAUUGCGACAGCUGCCUUGAAUGGGACGUGUAUUGAGAAAGAUCAGCUACCAUCACCACCCGCUAAUCUCACUCCUUUCUUUGAUAGAAUUCGUCACACGCCUAGCAGUGAGAAAUUUAUCUAA